GGCAAACGGUCAAAGCCUAUCAUCUAAAGAGCAUCGUAUGAUCUAUGGACGAACUCAGGGAAAAAAACCAGAUAUGGUUGUUUGUCGAAUUAUUGAAAAAGGCGAACAUGAAGAAUCAUGUUUUAUUGAAGCGAAACAUUUUUCAAUCACAAGAAAUAGUAAUAAUGGGGGGUAUAAUCUCUAUAAAGUUGCUAUUCUCUGUCAAGGAGGUAUAAAUAAGAUAAUAUCAUCGCGUGGAACCGAAACCGGAACUAAAACAUUUGGUGCUCACGUUUGUGAGGGAUACCUCAUCUUGUUCAUGAUGGAUCUAGAGUACGACGGUAUAUACCGUUUCUUUCAGCUUUGCGAGAUUAAGCUUGCCCAAGAACUUUCCGAAUUCAAUCUUGUAAGAAGAUUAAUAGUCGAGACACACUUUUUCAAGCGUCGUAUCGAUUAUUACUAUUCCAACCGAAACAGCCAAAAUAGAUCCCCUGGAUCUCCUCUCCGAAAUAAUUUUUCUCGUAAUCCAGUAACCACACCUCAGGCGCCCAAAGCUGAUCAAAUCACCGAAUUUUAUUAG